AUGGUAGUCAGACUUGAGAUGCAAGCAUUGCAGGACACCGGAUCGACAUUUGUUGAUUCUCGGAGAUUCGUGACACCAUCCGUGGACAUGUUCGGGCUGCACAAAGCAGGUUCCGAUAGUGAGACAUGGGAUUCCCUCGAGCCAAGCAAAUUCGGACCGGCUUUGCUGAUGUGCAGUGCAGUCUAUGUGAGGCAUGCCGUGCCAGCUUUGUUGAAGUACUUCCAGCAAAUUUAUCCCGACCUGGUGGUUUACUGCCCUCAUCUUUCUGCAUUUGCCCACCUGGCUGCGCGAAGCAAGAAGCAAGCAAGGACCCUACCGGGCCCCGGAAGCAUCGAGAAGAUCGUGCAAACCGGAGGCUUGACUGGUGCCGAGUUCUGCCAGCUGCUCUCCGAGAACCCCCCGCAGCUCGAGGCCAUCGAAGCCUUGAAGGAGGACCUGGAACUGCCAGAUUUGACACUGAAUACAUCGCUGCCCCUGCAUGGGGACCACUACUCCGAUCUCAACCUCGUGACGACCACGGAAGAGUUGGCGGAUGAAUGGGCAGAUGAUGCCGCCACGUACGCUGCCCAGGGUAAGGCUUUUGCUUUCGUGGGCCCUUUGAUAGAUGUGGCCGGCGCAAAGAGAUGCGCAGGCUUCAAGAAGGAGGUGGAGGAGCUUCUGCCAAAGAGGUCGACUGAGGAACAACUUAAGCUGCAUCGACGCUGCAGUGCGAUGGACGAAGAGUUUCCCAUGGAUGUGGUGGAAAGUGCAGUUGCAGAAGGUCGUAACAUCGUCCUGGUUUCAAUGGGCACUGUGAUAACUGGGGACAGCAGCAACCACGGAUGGGAAGCCACCGACGGCAGCUCCAUGACUGGGAAGCAACUGUGCCAAGCUGUGUUCAAGGCGGUGUUCGCUGAAUUGGGAGAUCCUGCAGAAGGUGGGGGCCACGGCCCUCUUCUCGUCGUAGCGGUCGGUCCGCAGGCAGAUGCCUUGGAAGGUGUGCAGGUGCCUGCGAAUGCCCUUUGCCGAAACAUCUUGCCGCAAGUGGACAUCCUUCGUUUGAAGCCCAGGGUUUUCGUCACCCACGGGGGCCAGAACUCCUUUAUGGAAAGCAUGUUCGCUGGAACUCCACUUGUGGUGUGCCCUGGCUUCGCUGAUCAGCCAGCCAAUGGUGCCAAAGCGCAGGGAAUGAAGGUGGGCCUCUGUGUGGACAGGCCGGUGUCUGAGGAGGCUGCUGCAAGAUAUGAGGGGGAUGUCCGUGAUGCCUUGCGUCAAGUUUCGGAGGUGCCAGCAUUCAAGCACUCCGCGGACCGCGUGGCACAGGGUCUGCGAGAAGUCGGUGGUGUUGACCGGGCCAUCCAACUUCUCAUUGAAGGUCAUGGCUGA